UCCGUUAGGUAGAUUGGGUAUUCCCCUUACCCUGCCGCUAGGGGUCGCCAAUUGAGCGAUGCACAGAAGACACCAGAGGAAAACAUGGCUGCACCCGAAACCGACGUCCCCGCACGGCUCGGACCAAACAAAACACCCGUACAGCUCGAGGAACUAACGAAAGACAAUUUGUUUAAGCAGCCAAAAAAAGAAAUUCUUGACAAGUUACCCCCAGACGAGCCUCGCCCACCAUGGAAGGGUGUGUUGGUCGAGUGUGCCAAACUCUGGAGCUAUCUAUCAGGUAUCUCCACCUUCGAACGGGCCAAUAUGCUCCGAAAAGGUCGCGAGGUGCACAAGAUAUAUGUCGAAGUUAUGAAAGGAAAAACCUUCCUUGACGACCAGUUCACACUCACAGAAUUUGGCCGCAUGGUGCUUCAGAAUGGGACAAUUCGAGCGGGACGGGCAAAGAAUGCCAAGCAAAUAGUUGUUGCCAGGGAAACCUUAUAUUGCAGUGGUUCCGGAGCCUGUAAACGUGGAUGUGGAGGAUACGGGGAAUGUAUGCAAGGGUGUGAAAAAACAAAGAUGCGAGGUCACAAGUGUAGUUACAGAGUAAAACUGACCAUGAGAUUAGGCUACGUGAAUUUCUGGUUUGUCGAGGUACUCGGUGAUCAUGAACAAUUCGCUAGUCUCGACGACACGAUGGACAUCAAAAGUUCACCUUCCCCAAAGAUGUCGAAUAGCAGUAGCCCUGCUGGGUCUCCUAACCCUAUUCCAAUAAUUCAAUCGCCAAAUACAGAUCUUCCAAAUUCAGUGGCCAUCACUACGGCUUCUGUGUUGCCGCAAAACUUGCCAAAUAUUCUCACCAGUGCUUUGUCAAAUAGUCUGACAAGUAGCUUGCCAAAUAGUCUUACGACUGCAUUGUCUAAUAAUAACUUGCCAAAUAUCAUUGCUAGUCAACCAAUGAGUCUGCCACUAAACUUGCCAAAUAGUAUUGUAUCUUCGAUUGUGAGUCACCCUGGGCUGUUCGCAAGCCAUGCUGCGGCUGUCCGGUUGUAUAAUGGUGCUAGUCCGUGCGAAGUUGUCUACCCUUCAAUGGAGGGCGUCGCACAAACAUACUGUCAGGAUAUGCCUAUAUCUCUAGUCAAAGUGAAAAAAGAACCGGAAGAACCACAAGAAACGAUUGCAGAAACUCCUGUUCCACAAACUUUGCCAGAAACAGCAACGUCCGAGGAGGGAGAUAUAAAAAAUGACACUUCAAUGACUGUUACUCAUAGUGAGGUUUUCCCCAAAAUUUCCUCAGGAGGUCGAGCUAAAGCUAGGAAGAGAUUUCAUCCAGCACAGGUGACAGGACAAAGGGAAACCCAUCGUCAACUACUGCCCCAUCCCAAGACAGUGUACAUGCCAGAAAUAGCCACCAGUAUUCCACAAAUAAAUAUGGAGUCACAUGUACGAAAAGAGUUACGUGAACUUGUUGCUCGUCGAGAGCAGGACAGAAACUCAACGUCCUCAAAUUUUACGUCAAUGAAUGGACAACAUGAGGUUCGCCCUGUAGAGUAUUGGCCAGAGGCGACGUCUUACCAAAACGAAGAACCUACCGACAGUUCCAUGUACACGUACGUCUGGGACGGCGACAUGAAUGAACCUCAACCUAUCGAGGAAGAUGUCACCAUGGAAACGACCAAUGAAGAGAAGGUAGCAAGAAAGGUUGCAAAGCAUGUGCAUGGUCGCUGGAAAAUGGGCAAGGAUCUGAUUACGAGAGUGAGACAGCUUGAAACCCAUGUCAACCAACUUCGGAACGUUGUCCUCAAAUCUCAGGGGGAAACCAACACCAAACAGAGCCGGAAAAAGGGCCAGCGUGAAUUUGACUUCAGAAAGUACAACACUCGUCAUGUGGCUCUCAAAGUGCUGUACCUUGGCUGGGACUAUCAUGGGUUUGCCGCGCAGGAGGACACAGAGAAAACCAUAGAGACAGCUCUAUUUGAGGCACUUCUCAAAACAAGGCUCAUCGAAGCCAGAGAAACUUCAAGUUAUCACAGAUGUGGAAGGACAGAUAAAGGUGUCAGUGCCUUUGGACAGGUGAUUUCCAUUGAUUUGCGGACCAAUUUGUUAGAGGGACCAGGAGUGAAAGUGAAAGAGGAUGGAACAGCCUAUGAAAGGCCUGGUGAGAAGACUACAGAGAUACGAUAUGUCCACAUUCUCAACAAGGUUUUACCACCCGAGAUCAGAAUUCUGGCUUGGGCUCCUGUUAGUGACAAUUUCAGUGCCAGAUUUGACUGCAAGAAAAGAACGUACAAGUAUUUCUUUCCGAAGGGCAACCUAGACAUACAGGCAAUGUCUGAGGCUGCUGAAAAGAUCACUGGUGAGCACGAUUUCCGUAACUUGUGUAAGAUGGAUGUAGGAAAUGGAGUGGUGAAUUUCCGACGUAAAAUUGUCUCGGCUGAUAUCAAGAACUUGGAUGAAAGGGAGAACGGCUAUCAAAUGUGUGAACUCACCAUUGUUGGGUUAGCAUUCCUGUGGCAUCAAAUCCGCUGUAUUGUGGCUGUGCUCUAUCUGAUUGGUCAAGGAAAGGAGAAGUCAGAGAUCAUUGACGAGUUACUAGAUGUUGAGAAAACACCUAAGAAGCCACAGUAUACAAUGGCCUCAGAACUUCCACUGGUACUGUUUGACUGUGAGUUUGCAGAUGAUGUAGAGUGGAUCUAUGAAGCAGAUUGGCAUGAGGAAAACAUUCGUCACCUACAGCAGAUUUGGGCUCACCAUACAGUGAGGUCCACAAUGAUUCGUCGUAUGUUAGAAGAAAUGGACAGUGCUAAAGUUGAGACAGAUUGUGAUAUCGCCCCCUGGAAAGACCUGAGCUCCCCUAUUUAUAACCAGACAGAUUGGAUCAUUCCAGGAAACAAGAGCAAGGUUCACAAACGACUACUAGAACGUCAAACCUGUGAAAGCCUAGAACAGCGUAUUGAAUACUAUGCAAAGAAGAGGAAACUUGACACACCCCCCUCUACAGACACGACUCCAGUAUCAGAACCAGUAUCUGCCCCGGGGUCGGAGUCAGUCUCCCCUGCCCCCGAGGAACAAACCAGCUAGGGUUCUGAUGUUAUGUGUUCCAACCACACAGACUGGGUCUGAGAGAUACAGACAAAUAUGUCGACAAGCUAUACAGAGAACAGGGAGCUCCAAACGUCCACUGGAAAUAUUGAAGGAAUGGUUCAUCACUGAACUUUAUCAGUCUGGAUUGAACCUUCCGCCAUUAGAAUUUCUGGUCGGCUGGUAUGACCUAUUGAUUAACCUGUAUCAUGUGGAAUACAUAUUUGUCAUCAGUAAAUCAGGUAUCUGAAGAAUCGCGGACAUUUCUGUUUUUAACAGGCAGUUCACUUGUUUGUUUUGAACAGGUAAAUUAUACACUUGCCUGUUUUCAGUUGCAAACAGUGCUUUAUAUUGUAAAUAUCUUAUUCUCAAGUUUUUGAUGACAUCAUAAAAUGAAGAUUUCAUCAACAAUGGUUCUUUCUUUUUCAUUCUUAUUCUACCCCAAAGAUGUGAAAUGUUAAAUUACCAUCGCAUAUUCAUGUUCUUAAACUUUGGCAAGGAUAUUUGAAUUGUACUGUGACCUCUAGUCUGUGAAUAUUUACAAUUGAAUUGGAUUGAAUCUUUUAUGAUUCAAAUAAGUUGCAUUGGGAAAUUUUUUAAAGUUGAUAUGAGAAUAAAUUGAAAUAUUUAUGCAUAGAAGGUAAAAAAAGAAACUUUUAAGAAAUAUUUGUCAACUUAUGAGAUCUUCUUUUCCCUGGAAUUAGCAUAAUCAUCACAUCAACAUUCGGUGAAUUUAUACAAGUCUUCAGUUUUAACUGUCUGACAUAUUUUUAUGCCUUUUUAGAUUUUUUUUAUUCAUACAUUAGCUUUAAGGAUAAUUCAGUUUUGAAGUGUUGAUGGCCGUCAAUAUGAAGUUUUAGUGCUUGUAAAUAUUUAUUUUGCCUCCCCGAGUGCCAAGAUUUAAGGGCAAAAUAUUGUUAUAUGACUAAUAUUCUAUUACAAGUCAAAUAUUUCGAAAUAAAAUUGAUUUUUUAAUUAUUACAUGUAUUAGAUAUGGUGCGAUCAGUUGUUAUUUUCUGUAAUAAAAGGUUUUAAGUUUUAUAAACAUUUAAAAAUAUUUUUUUGUUCAGAUGAAUGUUUAACUCUUAAUGAUCAGACUACUAAAUAGUGUAUACCUGGCCUUCGUUUUAUCCAUGUUCCUUAACUUCAGAAAAUUCCUUAGCUUGAUAUUUCAAUGGGAAAGCCUUACAGAAUGAAAGGAGAAAUCUUAGUGAAGCAACCUUCCUUUCAUUCCGUAAUGUUGUCCUAUAGAAAAUUAUAAGUUAAGGAAUAGUGUUAAAACGGACCUGGUUCAUUUGAUGAUUAAACCAAAGGGAGAUAAUUCAGAGAGAUUCCAAAUGAUAAUAUGUAGUGAGAAAUUAUUGUAUAAAUUUGAAUAUGAUAGUCUGAAUAUUCUUUAACUGUUAACCUAUCUCUGCAAAAUGCUACAUAAAAUUAAAACUAUAUGCUUAACUGGGAUUUUGUGAAAAAAACCACCUCUACAUAAAACCUGCCCACCCACCGUCGAUAAUUCUCGGUGCUCGUUUUCACAAUUUUUAAGUCAAAUUUACUGACAACAUUUGCAUAAUUGUUGAAAUUUACUUGAAAACAACUUCACAGAAAAUAGCAGUCUUCGUGGAUUCUGUUUCAUACCUCAGUAAUAGCCAAUUGUAGAAACUUGAGUUUUACAUUAUUCACGUAAUGGAACUUAAGGACGAUUUUUCUACGUAUGGAAAACAAAUUUACUCAAACGAGUCUUAUUUUUUGUCCAGUCUUUUAACU